GAUAGGUGAAAGGGCACACAAACAAUUUUUUGUAGAUCUAACCAAUGAAAUAGUUCAUGCCUGGUAAACAUUCAGAGGAUAAAGUCUAUAUUCAUUUGCUGUUUAGAAUCCACUAUUUGUCAAGAAAUACAAUCAGCAAUAUUUCAAGAAGUCAGACAUCUGUCAAAUAAAGUCCUUCCACUUCACAAACCCUAAGUGUUUGUGUAUUAACAAUACUUAAUAUGGUUUCUCUAUGCAGAGGUAAGAGAACCAGUUUGGUCUAGUAGUUAAAGCACUGGACUAGAUGUGAUGAGACUUGAGUUUUAGUCUUGCCCUAGCCAUGGAAGCUAGUUGGGUCAUCUUGAGCCAGUCUCUUUCUCUCAGUCCUAAGAAGAAGGUAAUGGCAAACAAUUUCUAAAACUGUUGCCAAGAAAACUGCAUGGACUUGCCCAUGUAGUCACCAUAAAGUCAAGAAUUGCUUGAAGGAUUUUUUAAAUGCGGAAGUAAAGAGCAUAUGAUAACAUCAGCAGUUUCCUGAAGAAAGAUCUUGUGCUACCUUUGGAACCAUCUCAUCAAUCUAAUACCAUUUUACAAAUCAGGAACAUUUCAAGUUUAUAUAGAGAAACAUGGAGCUACAGUAGGAAUGCCAGAAAGAGUUACCCCAGCUAUCUUUCAAAUCUGCCUUUCUUAUACUCUUAGAGCCAAACUUGCUCCUAACUGGAACCAAGCUGGUCACUUGUUGAUACAAGGGAGAGAUUUUUUGUCACAAAUGGGAAAGCAAAAUGCAGUUGUUAUGGACAUCAGUGUAUCAGAAACUCAACUCUGCAUCAGUGUGGAAGUGUGCAGUAUACGUUUACCGCCACCUGAGCUAGACGAUUUUGAUAUUUCAACAAACAUCAUAAAGAGCUUUGACAGUGACACUAAUGCAGUCAUUCCAAAAUGUUCUAUUUUAAGUAAUUGGUGUUAUGUUUUGCCAAGCAUGAAAAUGGGUCAGAUUAUGAGUAUCAGUCAUUUAAUUCCACCUGAUUCUCCAUUUCAUUCAUACAGUGAUUUACAGUUACAUUGGGAAAACCUGUAUGGCUACCUUCUGCCAGAGGAUUCUCAGACAUAUUUCAGUGUUUAUUUCAAACUGAUAGGGGAACAACUCUUUACAUAUCCUUCCAGUUGCAUCAGAAGUCAGCCCAUGCAAUACUUUCCCAGAGCAAAUUUAGAAGCUGUUUUAGAUUCUUUUGUUACUGAUCUGAAGACUGCCAUUCCUCAUAUAUGUGGAUUUCCUCUUAAGAUGACACAGAAAGCAGUGUGCACUACAAACAAUUUUACACCAGCAUCUGUUCAGAAAGUAAACUCUAAACCAGCCAACCUUAUUGCAAGAAGGAACUGCAAGGUACCUUUGACUCAAGUAGUUCAUAAAAAAGAUGAUGAGCAUGCUGGAAUAGUGGGAGACAAAGACAAUCAUGGACAAGAGCAGAAAACAUCAGAAAAUUCUGUUUUGACAUUGAAAUCAAAUGAAGCUACGAGGAUCAUACCCAUUUUCAAAGGAAAGCUACUGCAAAUGGAUAGGCAGUUCACUAAAAGAAUCAAUGAAAAGAAAACAAAAAAUGUUUCAAAAGAUUUACCAAAAAUAGUAAUAGCUAAUACAACUGCUAAAUUGGCUGUAUUUCGACCCAGUGCAGAUCAGGUUAACCAAUCAGUACAUGAUGCAUUGUUUCAAAAUAUUACAAAUAGAAGUGUUUCUCAGGUACAGGUGGGAAAAAAUGUUAGAUCUAACAAAUUUGUGUUAAAAGGAGAAAAUAAAGAUGUUGAGUGCCUGUUAAAUUUCCCUUUACCUAAUAGAACAGUUUUAGGUAAACAUUCCAGUAAAAUCAAAUCUGGAAAGCUACAUUUUUCUUUGAUAUCUUCUGAUGACCAAUCAGAGCAUCAUACAUCAAGCAUCUACCAGCUUUUGAAUAAACCUGCAAAUAUCAGUGUAGGCCAGAAUCUCAUGAGGUCGAAGAAAACUGAUGAAGUAGCUGAAGGAACUUCCAGAGUAUUUCAGAAUCAGAUACAAAAUCCAAUGAAGGAAACAAAAACAAAUGCUUGCAGAUUAACCAAUUCAGUGCCUGAAGGGCUGAUAGUAUCCAAUAAAUCCAAAAGAAAAGGAGAUUGGAAAGAAUCAGCAUCAUACCAAGACAUCACUAAGACAUCAAGUCCAUAUCUGCCUUUUAACUAUGUACAGGAAGAAGAAAGAAGUUAUGCAAAAUCUAAGAAACCAAGAACUAAUAAGCCAUCAAACUAGAAAAAGAUGCAAAUGAGAAAAUAAACAGCAGGUUUGUAGAAACUAAACUACAGAAGGGUGGUGGUGGUGGUGGUUUCAUUUAAGACUUGAAGUAUUUAAUUCAUACUGAACUUUUCUUGUUUCAUGAGUGAAUAAUUUAUGCUUAAAAAAUGGCCAAGUUCCUAUUUUUUUUCCACAGCAGUCAAGAAACCAUCUACAUUCAAACAGACAAAUAAGUCUCCAAUUCAUGCCUAGAAUCCCAUUCACUCAUACAAUGUAGUUAUUGAAUGUGUACAAAAUAAAUUAUUAUAAUUACUGAUUAAAUUUCUAGGCGGUUCAAUAACUGAUAUUCUCUGGGCAAAUAAUACAUAAGUUUAUGAGUUAUCUGCAUUGAAAUGAGCGAUGGAAACAUUACAGGCAAUAACAUCCAUUAGAGCUCUUAUAUUCUGAAUGUAUAUUUAGUAUGACCAAACUGAUAUGUGUUCGCAUGCAAUGCUAAACUGUAGUUUAGUACUACAUCCCAGCAGAAAGAAGACCAUGAAGUAAAAGGUUCAGUUAUUCAAUUCUCACUCUCUGCAUUAAGAGGAAGAAUAAAGUAGGAUUCUAGUUUAUUUUAGUUAAAUCCUGCCUUAUCAUUCAAUUUAAACCAGGAAUUAUGGUUAAAAUAAAACUGUAAACUCAUUGGUGGUCUGCCAACCCCUACUUAAGGGGGGAAUGAUGGGAAAAUAUCAAGAGCUGCAGGAGCAACAAGAGUUUCCCAUUUUCACUCUAGAGCCUGGUUUAGAAUUAUGUUCAAUCUUCCUUACAUGUCAUGAAUUUUGGUUUAUUUCCUACUGAAUGGGAUAAAUAAACAUUAAUAUUUGCUCACACAAUGCAGGUGUUUUGAAAUAGUGUUUUUGUUGCUGUUGUUAAAAAAAUAAACUUCUGUUUAAAACAUAAACUUCAUUCUUGACACUUACCUUAAAAGUUGUCAUUUGGAUUGUUUUUAUCAAUUUUGAAGAUUUCUUCCCUUAUAUUUUCUCUAUCCUGUAGUACUAAGACACCAUACUUACUGUAUCCUGCUUCUUUUCCAUAGCUGAAAGCAUAUAUUUACAUAAUUGUAAAUCAAAAUACACACUUUUCUUCAGAAGUUGUGAAGUAAUUAUUGUAGUUGAUUUGUU